AUGCGCCUCAUAAAACAAGACAUCAUCGAGCGCGACGGCUCCGGCUCCGUCACUCUCCUCCCCCAAGAACCAGAAGACAUGGCACGCCUCUUCUCCCCCUCUCUCCUUUCAAAAUAUAAUAACGAUGAUCUCAGUGGCACGCCUACAACCUAAUAGCAGUAGGCGACACCCUCCGCGCCUCAGCCGUCCGAAAAGUAACCACCGAAUCCUCAACGGGUAGCACAAACUCCAAGCGCAUCCACACCACCAUCAGCAUCCUCACCACAUCGCUCUCCUUCGACCCGCAAGUCUCGCAACUCCAUGUGUCAGGAAGAGUAGUGGAGGAAAACACAUUCGUGCCAAUGGGCUCGUACCAUACUCUCGAUUUAGAACUCCAGAGAAAUUUCACAUUGACGAAGAAAGAUGGCUGGGAUAGCGUGGCGUUGGAUAUGAUCCGCGAGAGUAUACGGGUGGAUAAAGAAGGCGUCGUCCCCGCGGUCGUGAUGCAGGAGGGCCUGGCGAAUAUCUGUCUAAUCACCGAGUACCAAACCGUCCUCAAGCAACGCGUCGAAGUCGCCAUCCCCAAGAAGCGCUCCGGACGAGCGGGAGACCACGACAAAGGCCUGGAUAAAUUCUUCGCUACAGUUCUGGAGACGUUACUACGCCACGUGGAUAUCACCCAACCACGGCCUUUACUCCUCGCCAGUCCCGGUUUCGUCGCGGCGGGUUUCCAGAAGUAUAUCAUUAGUGAAGCGACGAGAACGGGGAAUAAAGCGCUUCUGGGGAAUAAAUCGAAUUUCCUCGUCGUCCACAGUUCCUCAGGCCAUCUCCAUUCCUUGACUGAAAUCAUGAAAUCCCCUGCCGUCCUCGCAAAAUUGAAGGACACCAAGUACGCGCGAGAAUCUCAAUACAUGGACGAUUUCAGCGCCAUGCUACGUAAAGACGACGGACGAGCCUGGUACGGUCCCUCUGAGGUUGAGCGGGCGGCGGAAAAAGGCGGCCUUGGUCCCGGUGGCGUUCUCUUGAUCAACAACUCGCUGUUCCGUGCCCAGGAGGUGGGGGUGAGGAAGAGAUGGGUGGGAUUGGUGGAUCGGGUUAAGGGGGGUGGCGGCGAGGUGAGGAUUCUAAGUAGUGAUCAUGAGAGUGGGAAGAGGUUGGAGAAUUUGAGUGGUGUUGCGGCGAUUCUUACUUUCCCUCUGGAGGAUCUGGAUGAGAGUGGGGAGGAGGAUGGUGCUGGAGAUGGGGACGGGGAGACGGCUAUGGUUAUUUGA